UAGAAAUGGCAGAAGAGUUAAACAAUGACAGCUCAGAGUCCGACACCUUUGAAGUGAUUGAUACAAAUGGUCCAGUACAGAUAAUCAGAGAUAAUGGAGACCACACCUUUACCCUCUGCGAGAAUGAUCUGGCUACAAUACUUAUGGCAAAGAAUCUCAAGGAUACACCUGUUGUGGUGGUAUCGGUCGCAGGAGCGUUCAGGAAAGGUAAAUCCUUCCUGCUAGACUUCAUCUUACGUUACCUGACCUGUGAGGGCCGGUCAGGGUGGAUGGGGGAUCCUGAAGAGGACCUCACUGGGUUCAAGUGGAGGGGCGGCACGAACAGGGAAACAAGUGGUAUCUGGAUUUGGGGCCAGCCUUUCAUCAGAACUAACCCUAACACUGGAGAGAAGGUAGCUAUAUUGCUGAUGGAUACACAGGGCACAUUCGACAACCAGGCAAUUGUGAGAGAUAGCGCCACGAUAUUUGCUCUAUCGACUAUGUUGAGUAGCAUACAGAUCUUCAACAUUUCCCAGCAAAUUAGCGAGGAUGAUUUGCAGCACCUUCACCUAUUUACUGAUUACGGUAGAUUGGCCAUGCAGGACGAUAGUGACGACUCAAAAUGCAAGCCAUUCCAAAGGUUAGAAUUUCUGAUCAGAGAUUGGGCAUUUGAAUACGAGUUUGAACUGGGAGCUUCUGGUGGAAAGAACUACUUGAACAAAAUACUUGCUGUAUCAGAAAACCAGCACGAAGAGCUAAUGGAGGUACGUCACCACAUAACCAACUGUUUUGCCGAUGUGGGAUGUUUCCUGCUCCCAUACCCCGGCCGAACUGUCGCUUCUAAACCUCAGUUCACUGGCAGAUUAGCAGAUAUGGAGGGUGAUUUUGCGAGUGGGAUAGAGAAGCUUAUACCUUACUACUUACACGAGGAAACGUUGCAGUCCAAGAAGAUUCAUGGUCAGACAUUGAAGGGCAAAGAUUUACUUCAUUAUUUCAAGAGCUACGUGGAGAUCUACCAACAAGACACCCUGCCAGAGCCAAUGACAAUGCUAAGAGCCACAGCUGAAGCAAACAACCUGUCAGCUCUUGCUUCUGCUCAGGAGAAAUACACUGAGAAUAUGGAAAAGAAAGUUGGUGGUGAUCAUGGGUACCUGAACGACACUGAUAUGCUCACCCAACACGCAGAAUCUAUCGACCUGGCUGAGAAAGAGUUCAACAGCACCAGGAAAAUGGGUGGCGCCGAGCUCAGUAAGACGUUCCUGGAGA